CUUUUUUAAGGGUCAAACUAAUCAUACGUCCACCUGUGCAGUUGCAUUUCAACACAGAAAGGUAGCCAGAUCAAUGGGCUACGCCACUUUGCGUAUCAGAAGUCUGUUAUGUUCUAUAACGGGUAGUCUGAAGAGGACAUCCUAAAAGCUAGUUCUUUGGCAUUGGGAAUUCACCAAUGGCAUGACAAUGGAUUGUUCGCUGGUAGAGGCAUCUUCGUCGACUAAUAGUCCUAUGUAGAGCGUGAUUGGAAGGUAUAUGAUGCGACUGGUGGCACUUCCAUCACGUAUGACGAGCUGAUGGCAUGUCUUGCCGAGCAAUCUCAACUUUGAAAGCAGACUAUCGAAGUUCGAAAGGGUGACAUGUUGCUGAUUCGAUCCGGUUUCACGCACAAAUACGACGAACUAUCAGAGGGCCAGGCGCGAGAAUUGGCACACACGAUGCCCCCUAAGGCAUGUGGGAUGGCUCAAGAUGAGGGAAUGCUGCAGUUCCUUUGGGAGAAAAAGGUGGCUUCUUUCUCACAUCGGGCCCACUCAAUGUUCCUGGCGGAGUCGGUAGCCCUGCCAAUAUGAUGGCCCUUCUUUAAAGAUUAGCCCCACCAUAACAAUUGAAGAGAUGGCUUUCUAAUGAAAAAUGGUUAUGUAGCGAUAUCGCAUAUGUAAGAG